UGCUCACGAACAUUAUCAAGCUAAAUAUGACAAUGGUUCAAUUGCCUGAUUUACUUAAUUUCGGUUCAAUUUAGAUUAGUUCGAAUCGAUCCUAGGAUCUCCUAGAAUCGGGAGGAAAACUCUAACCACUUGAGCUAUCCAUCACUCUCCGCUCUAUUCUUUGUUAAUUGUUACCCCCGUAUUAACCAAAUAAGUCCAACAAAGAUUUGACAAACAGGGAAAUCCAAUCCCAACCACAAAACGGAUAUGAUUUCUUAUCUUCCCCGCUAAAACUCCCCUUACACUCUUCUAGUCUUCUCUCACAUUUCCACUUCCGAGUAACUCAUCCUUCAUUUUCAUGGAUUCUUAACACCUUCACUCACAAAAUCAAUCACACCCCAUUAACAAUGGACACUCUCUCUCUAACUCCCCACCUCUCUCGCCUCCUCAAACUCUCUCUCUCUUCCUCACCACCACCACAAUCACAACCACCACCACCCAACUUUCUCUCUCCUCGCCCUCUCCUCCUCCGCCACCACCACCCCAUCACUUUCUCUCUCCUCCCCCACCACCAACAACAACCCCCCACCACAACCGCAACCACAACAACCUCUGAUUACGACUCCUUCAACGAAGACGAAUCAUACGGCGAAGUUAACCGUAUCAUCGGCAGCCGCGUCUCCCCCUCCUCCCCCACCACCAUGGAGUACCUCAUCGAGUGGAAAGACGAUAUUGCCCCUACCUGGGUCCCCGCCAACUUCAUCGCAUCCGACGUCGUUUCGGAGUUCGAGUCCCCCUGGUGGAACGCCGCCAAGAAGGCCGACGCUUCCGGGCUUGAGGAAAUCCUGGCCCGGCCCGACUCGGCCCGAGACGUGGACGCGGUGGACUCUGAUGGACGUACGGCGUUGCACUUUGUGGCCGGGCUCGGGUCUGACACGUGUGUGAGGCUGCUUGCCACGUAUGGUGCUGACGUGGAUAAGAGGGAUGUGACAGGUGGCGGGCUGACGCCGUUACACAUGGCAGCUGGGUAUGCCCGGCCCGAAGCGGCCCGGGCGUUGGUAGAAGCAGGGGCGGAUCCCGAGGCAGAAGACGAUAAAGGACGGAUGCCGUUGGAUUUAGCUAAGGAGAUCCUGGGAGUGACUCCCAAGGGGAAUUUGAUGCAAUUUGGGAGGAGGUUGGGGUUGGAAAAUGUGGUGAAGAUUUUGGAGGGGGCAAUUUAUGAAUAUGGAGAAGUUGAGGGGGUUUUGGAGAAAAGAGGGAAAGGGGAGAAUUUGGAGUAUUUGGUGAAGUGGAGAGAUGGGGGAGAGAAUGAGUGGGUUAAGGUUGGGUUUAUUGGGGAGGAUUUGGUGAGGGAUUUUGAGGAUGGGCUUGAGUAUGCUGAGGCCCAAGGGGUUAUCGGGAAGCGGGUCGGGGAUGAUGGUAAAAAAGAGUUUCUGGUGAAGUGGGUUGAUUAUGAGGAUCCGACAUGGGAACCUGAGGAGAAUGUGGAUCCUGAUUUGAUCAAGGAGUUUGAGGAGUCCGAAAUUAGUAUUAGUAGUAGUAGUGAUAGUAAUGUUUCGAGUAUUGGUACUUGAAUUUUUGCUUGAUGAAAUUUUGGUUUUGGAAUGUGAUGUUUGAUGGUCCAUCAUUUUUUGAUCAUUCAAGUGUAUUUGAUUGUAGAGAAUAGAGAAGAAAAGGCAAUGUAGUGUGUUCUUUUUAAAAUUGUGUUUGAUAAAGAUAGAACAA